GAAGCCUUGGGCCGAUGGGCCAUUUGAGCUCAUUAGCAGCACCCGCGCAACCAAAGCGUCAAGACGGCAGGGGUAAACCGCAUGGCUGAAGAGAUGACCAUUAUUCACAAUCUCAUCCUCCGGAUCAUCAACACUGUCUACUUGCAGUGUAUCAACGUGGAGAAGUCGCCCGACGUCGUCCAGGACUUUGUGUCUUACGCGAUAGAAUGGAGCAAGAUGGUGGAGGAGCACCACGAAACCGAGGAGACGGAGGUCUUCCCCGAGAUUGAGCAGUUGGCAGGCGUGCCGGGGUUGAUGCAGGCCAACGUCGCGCAGCACGAAGCUUUCCACGACGGCCUGCACGCGUACAUGGGCUACUUGGACAAGAUUCAAAAGGGCGAAGAGGCGUACAGCGGAGAGAAGCUCAAGGACAUCAUCGACUCGUUCAUGCCCAUCCUGCGACAGCACCUCAGCGACGAGAUUGACACGCUGCUGAAGCUGGCCGAGUACGAUCGCGACUGGGAAGAGUGGUAUGAGAAGCUAAUGAAGAAGCUGCUCGCCAAGAUGGGUGAUCCCAAGAUCAAGACAACGAUACUUCCACUUCUUUUGACAAACCGAGACAAGACGUUCGAGGAAGGUGUUUAUGCGUGGUGGCCUCCGGUGCCGUGGUUCGCAUUUCUGAUGAUGCGUUGGUUUUACAUACCUCCCCACAAGAACUGGUGGCGGUUUUCUUCGUGCGACGACCGGGGCGCGCCAAGGGAGCUUCCCUUUGCGUGAUGGGCUCCGAAGUGGACAAAGUAGUGUAUUAGGGCCGGCGGUCGGUGGAGUUUCUCGGUGGUUGAGUGGCCGAGCCUCAUUGAUCGGACGAAGAGGGUCCCCGUGGUGUUGUCUAGGGUGCAAGGUACCGGUAGUUGGGAUGGUGAGGCUGGCUUUGGUCUAUCUGGUCCAGGGUUUGCUUCAAAUCUGAAGAUGCGUGGCAGGCUAGCUGACAAGU